AUGGUUGAUCGCCACUUCCUGGAUCUAAAGUCUGCCUUCGUCAGUAUCCUAGCCAUACUGGUUGUUCUGAUCGGCGCCCCUUCUCUUUUCAACACCCCCAAAACCGCGGGAAAUAUGGCGGAGACCAUCGCUGAGAAGAAUCAGGAGUACUGGCACCACGCUGCUCAGUCUGUCUUUAAGGACAAAUGGGUCCAUGACCUUCAGGCGCAGAUCUCAGAGUUUCUUACAACAAAUGUUGAAUGGCUCGCCUUGCCAACCGGUACUCAGGAAUCGUCCUCCUCAAAGUUGAUGGAUUGCGCGUGCGGAAACGGAAUCGUCUCACGUUCGCUGCACCCUCACUUUGCACAGUGCCUAGGGAUCGAUCUUGCCGAAGGUAUGGUUGCUAAAUAUCGAGCCACGGCUGAAGAUCUUGGGCUCCCUGAGUCUCGCAUGAUGGCUGUUCAAGGCAACCUCCUAGCACACACGGUGGAGGCAACAAAUCCUCCCUUGAGCCAGGAGCAACUGUCUAGCUUCGACCUGGUCGCCAUCUGCAUGGCCCUUCACCACGUCGAUGACAUUGAGCUAGCAAUCAAACGACUUGCAGAGAGGCUGCGACCUGGCGGUGUUCUCCUUGUCAUUGACUGGGCUACGCGAGACAGCUCGGCCCAAGACGUCAGAUCAGCCCCUCCUGCCAGUGCAUUCGGGGAGCAUUACAAGCACAAGUCACACCCUGCUUCGCACACAAUCACCCACGAUAGUUUUACAAGAGAACAAAUAUUCGGGCUAUUCGAGGAAAGCGGAUGUGAAGACUCCAGCUUCGUUUUGGCCGACAGACUCUCCGAGGUUCCCGGUGCUCGCACUGGUAGCAUGCAACUAUUCUUCGCUCGGGCUUCCAAACUGUAG